CGAGGGCAGCUCCGCGAGACUGGCUAGCAGUGACCGGCCGGCUCCUCCUCGGGCGCAGUAAGCGUCCUUGGUGGCCCAGUGGUUGCUAAGCAACGGAAAACAUUUUCUCUUGGGACUAGGCUUUCUUUUCCCAGACCAGGUAUUGCUGGGGCUCUGGAGACCCUUCAGGAACGCUGCUGUUGAACCGCUUGGAAUAAGGAUGGCUUUCCAAGGCACAGAGAAUGAAAUCGACCUGAAAAGUAUGGAAAACCAGGAAGAAGAAAAUCCUGUGCUUACCAGACUAAACAAAAUAAAAGCAAAAGGGGUUCUGAAUUAUGCAUCUCUCAAAGAAAAUGAACCUGAACCCCAAACCCUGGUAUUUAGGCACACCACGAAAGCUCAGGAGAAGACCAGGAAGCGACAGCAGCCUGUGAAACUGGAGCCUCUGCCAGUGCUAAAACUCUACCAAGAUCAUAAGCAGCCCGAGUACAUAUAUGAACAGAAUCGGCAGCAACUUAUGAGCUCUGGAAUUCUAAAGCCAUCACCAAGCAUGAUUGAAAGAUCUUCAAUUGGUAGUUUCGAGGCUCAAGAAGCUCUGAAAAGGAAACAGGUCCUUCGACCCUCUGCAGAUGUGUUCUCUCUUUCUCCAUCUAAACUGCCACGCACGAGUAUUGGAAGGAGAGGGCUCUUUGGAAUGAGGUCUUCAACUUACCCUACGUACACCUUCAAUGACCGAGAAGAAGUCGUCAAAGCCAGCAUUAGAGAUCCCUUGCAAAUCAUCAAAAUAGUGCAUGAGAACGAACACCUCGGAUUCCUGUACAUGAUUCCUGCAGUGCCCAAGUCUUCCAUUGAAUAUGACCCAUAUAAUCUAAAGGUCGUAAGUUAUGAGAACAUCAAUAAAAAUGACUACUACACAAUUAGCAAAGAAGCAGUUACCCACGUUUUCAACGAUGACAUCGAGUACAUCGAGACUGAGCGGUGGGAACAGGAGUACCUGUACCACAGAGAGCUCACGAAGAUCCCCAUAUUCUCACUCUUCCGGAAGUGGAAGGCUUUCAGCGUGUGGCGGAAAAACGUGCGCUCCAAGAAAAUCGCUGGCUGUCGAAAAGCGCUUCGAAAAAACCUGUUCAUUGUUAAUCCUUAUCUCCGACCAGCUCUUCUUAAAAUUAAUGACAUGUGCUAUCAACUGAGCUUUAUGGGACUUUGUUACAUUGAAAAAUUUCACACCUACACCCUGCAGGAAUUCAAGGCUGCACAAGUCGUGCGAGUACAGGAGGUGACAGAGCGCCUGGAAUAUUUCCGAUUCGAGGCAAAAGACGUGGUCAGGAAGUCGUGCCGCUUCGCCUUACGUGCUGCGGGAUUUAUUCCUGACGACUGUGAAGUGGAAACCCACGAGGAUUACUUUAAGAUCAACAUUGCAAGUUUUAUCGACGCUCCGUCUGAUUUACCCACUUACGGAGAAUCUGAAAAAAUGACCUACACAGAACAGGCCAGCAAAAGACAUCACUGCAUGAGGCUCACGUGCUUCAUCCGUCUGAAUGAUUACCUAAUUCAGAACACCUUGCACGUCUUAACGGUAAAUACUGCCAGCUCCCUUCUGAAUUACCUCUCGGAUAAACUAAAGCGAACUCCCUCAGCAGAUGUCAUCCAGAAGUGGAUUACUGAAGAUAAGCCCGAAGUCAUCGAGAAAAAGGGGGCCCCAGUGAUCGAAAAGCAGGAGGAAGAUGAGUCUCUCAUCCCCAUGUUCCUCACAGAACUGAUUCUGACGGUGCAAUCAUUACUCUUCGAGCCUUCUUUAGAAGACUUUCUGGAUGGCAUUUCUGGGAUAAUUAAUCACUUUGAAAACACGGUGUUGUCAGUUCCUAAUCUGGUGCCGGACUCUUACUUUAACGCUUUCACCAGUCCUUUUAUUAACAAGAAGGUUGAGGAGAAGACCUGUGGCCCGGGGCCGAGCCUCUCAGCCGUGUUUGAGGAUGAUCGGAACUUUCUCACCAUCAUCCAGCAAAUAAAGGAAACGAUUCACUCAGCGUUUGACUCUGCACGCCUGUACGCAGCGACAUUCGAAAAGUUCCAGAUAUUCUUCAAGGAAAAUGAGAGUCUUGAUCUGGAGGCGCUGAAGGAGGAGGAGCCUGAUGUCGAAUUCUUCAGUUCCCAGCUGGAAAAAUAUCACAAACAGCACAAGGACUCAGUAGCCUUGAAACCCACCCGAAAUGUAGGCCUGCUGCUUAUUGAUACCAAGCAGCUGAAGGAGAAGCUAAUCCCAUCACCACUGCGGUGCUUGGAGGUGCUAAAUCUCAUGCUUCCCCGUUUGAGCAAGAAAAAGGUGGAUGCUAUCAUCUCAGAGGCACAAGAUGCAGAGUAUAAACUCGAGUUCGUGCCAAGCACCACCAUCGAGUACGUUAACAGCUUAGUGUUCCUUGACGAAAUUCAGGAGCGGAUUGAAACCCUGGAGGAGGAAGGGAAUACAGUGGUUCAGAUGUACAAGCUCAUCGAACAAUAUCAGGUGCACACACCCCCUGAAGACUUUGCCGUUUUCGCCACUAUGAAGCCAUCCAUAACUGCGGUGCGGAACGCCAUUGACAAAUCUGUGGGUGAUCGAGAAUCCAGCAUCAAACAGUUUUGUCUGCACUUGGGUCGGGAUCUGGAAGAUCUCAACAAUGAAGUGAAUGAGGUGAAGCUGCUGGCACAGGAUCCACAGAUCUUGGAUAUUAGUGCUGACCCGGAGAAAAUAAAGACGAUGCUGAGUGACCUGCAGUCCGUUCUGGAUGACCUUCAGAAACGCGCCUUUCAGUACAAAUCCUACCAGAAGAAUUUCAAGGUGGAAGUGUCCAAGUUUGAUGCAUUGGAAGAAGUCUGUGCUGAACUGAGGCUCAAACAACUGCUCUGGGAUUCCUUGUCUGAAUGGGAUAAACUCCAGCAGGAGUGGCUAAAGUCCAAAUUUGACUGCUUGGACCCAGAGGUCCUAAACGGUCAAGUCACUAAAUACGCUAAAUUUGUGACCCAGCUGGAAAAGGGCUUGCCACCUAACAGUGUGGUGCCCCAGCUCAAACAGAAGGUGGAAAGAAUGAAAGAAAAGCUUCCUGUGAUCAAUGAUUUGAGGAACCCAACACUGAAACCUCGGCAUUGGUCAGCCAUUGAACAAACCGUUGAUGCCCUCCUAGUGGACAUUGAAAUUCCGCUGACCUUAGAGAGGCUGUCCGAACUACACGUCUUUGAUUUUGCUCAAGAAAUCCAGGACAUAUCUGGACAGGCUUCUGGGGAAGCUGCCUUAGAGAUAAUUCUUAAGAAGGUGGAAGACUCUUGGAAAACGACAGAAUUUGUCAUUCUUCCUCACCGUGACUCGAAGGACGUAUUUAUCCUGGGUGGCACAGAUGACAUACAGGUCCUUCUUGACGAUAGCACCAUCAACGUUGCAACCAUCGCCUCAUCACGAUAUGUGGGUCCCCUGAAGACUCGAGUGGAUGAAUGGCAGAAACAACUUUCCUUGUUUAAUCAAACACUGGAAGAGUGGCUGAACUGUCAGAGAAACUGGCUCUACCUAGAAAGUAUCUUUAAUGCCCCAGAUAUCCAGAGGCAGCUGCCUGCAGAAGCCAAGAUGUUCCUUCAGGUGGAUAAGUCAUGGAAGGAAAUCAUGAGGAAGGUCAACCGGCUGCCUAAUGCGCUCCGGGCUGCAACUCAGCCAGGGCUUCUGGAGACUUUUCAAAACAAUAAUGCACUACUUGACCAAAUUCAGAAAUGUCUGGAGGCAUAUUUAGAGUCAAAGAGAGUUAUCUUCCCAAGGUUUUACUUCUUGUCAAAUGACGAGCUCCUGGAGAUUUUGGCCCAGACCCGAAAUCCACAGGCUGUGCAGCCUCAUCUAAGGAAAUGCUUCGACUCCAUUUCAAAGCUCGAGUUUGCUCUCAUGCCUCCCACAGAAGGGAAAAUACCAGGCAUUGACACUGAACCAGAAAAGGUCUUCACCAAUGACAUUCUGGCAAUGCUCUCACCUGAGGGAGAACGGGUUGGCCUGGGGAAAGGCCUCAAGGCGAGAGGCAAUGUGGAAGAAUGGCUUGGUAAGGUGGAGGAAGCCAUGUUCUCAUCUCUCCGCCGCCUGUGCAAAGCUGCCAUCGCUGAUUACCAGGGGAAACUCAGGACAGAGUGGGUGACCGCUGGCCACCCUUCUCAAGUGAUCCUGACCAUUUCUCAGAUCAUGUGGUGCCGGGAUUUGACUGAGAGUCUAGAAUGUGAAGAUAAUCAUUUGGAAGCCCUAGAAAAAUUUGAACAAGUGAAUUUUGAGAGAUUAAAUGCCCUGGCCGCAAUAGUUCGAGGCAGUCUUCCUAAAUUACACAGAAACAUCAUAACUGCAUUGAUCACCAUUGAUGUGCAUGCAAGAGAUAUAGUUUCUGAAUUGGUUCAAACCAAGGUAGACUCAGCGGAGUCCUUUGACUGGCAGCGGCAGCUGCGCUACUACUGGGACGUAGACCUGGAUAACUGUGUGGCUAGAAUGGCGCUAUCUCAGUACACCUAUGCCUACGAGUACUUGGGAGCCUGCCCGAGACUGGUCAUCACUCCGCUCACAGAUCGCUGCUAUCUUUGCCUCAUGGGGGCUUUGCAGCUUGACCUCGGAGGCGCACCAGCUGGCCCUGCUGGCACUGGGAAAACAGAGACCACUAAAGACCUAGCAAAAGCGCUCGCCAUCCAGUGUGUGGUCUUCAACUGCUCUGACGGUUUGGACUACAAGAUGAUGGGCCGCUUCUUCAGUGGUUUGGCACAGUCGGGGGCCUGGUGCUGCUUUGACGAAUUCAAUCGGAUCGAUAUAGAAGUCCUGUCGGUCAUUGCCCAGCAACUCAUCACCAUUAGGAAUGCCAAAGCUGCAAAGCUCUCCAGAUUCAUGUUUGAGGGACGGGAAAUCAAGCUCGUUAUGACCUGUGCAGCUUUCAUCACCAUGAAUCCCGGCUAUGCAGGCAGAACGGAACUUCCAGAUAACUUGAAGGCCCUGUUCAGACCAAUGGCUAUGAUGGUUCCCAAUUACGCACUGAUUGCAGAGGUGAUUCUGUAUUCUGAAGGAUUUGAGUCGAGUAAAAUACUGGCGAGGAAGAUGACACAAAUGUACAAGCUCUGCAGUGAGCAGCUGUCCCAGCAGGAUCACUACGACUUUGGCAUGAGGGCCGUCAAGUCUGUACUGGUCAUGGCUGGAUCUCUAAAAAGAGAGAACCCAGACCUCAGCGAAGACGUGGUCCUGAUAAGAGCGUUGCGAGACUCCAACUUGCCCAAAUUCUUAACAGACGAUGCUCUCCUGUUCAGCGGUAUCAUCUCUGAUCUUUUUCCUGGAGUCCAAAUCCCAGAACACGACUAUGGUAUUUUGCAUUCGACGAUUGUGGAUGUCAUGAUUAGCCAGAACCUUCAGCCUGAGAUAUGUAUGGUCAAAAAGGUGAUACAGUUGUACGAAACCAUGCUGGUAAGACACGGCGUUAUGUUAGUAGGACCAACGGGAGGUGGCAAGACCACAGUUUAUCAAGUAUUAGCAGAAACCUUGGGGAAUCUGGAAAAACUCAACACAGGCAAUCCUUUUUAUCAGCCGGUAAAAACCUUUGUUCUUAAUCCCAAAUCAAUCACCAUGGGAGAAUUAUAUGGGGAAGUCAAUAACGUGACCUUGGAAUGGAAGGACGGUUUGAUGGCACUAAGUGUCCGAGCGGCUGUGAAUGACACUUCAGAAGAUCAUAAGUGGAUAAUCAGUGAUGGGCCAGUGGAUGCUCUCUGGAUUGAAAAUUUGAAUACCGUGUUGGAUGACAACAAGAUGCUGUGCCUGGCCAACAGUGAAAGGAUCAAGCUCACCCCGCAGAUCCACAUGCUUUUUGAGGUACAAGAUCUGAAGGUGGCCUCUCCGGCCACAGUCAGCCGAUGUGGAAUGGUGUUUGUGGAUCCUGAAGAACUCAAGUGGAUGCCUUACGUUAAAACAUGGAUGAGCACCCUCUCUAAAAAGCUGAGUGAAGAAGUCCGAGAAUAUUUAUUGAAUCUUUUCAAUCGUUAUGUCGAAGAUGGGUUACGUUUUGUAAACAAAAAGUGCACCCAAGCUAUCCCACAGGUGGACAUCAGCAAAGUGACCACACUCUGCUGCCUACUGGAGUCUUUGCUGCUCAGCAAAGAUGGAAAUAUCUUGUCACUGGAACAGACGAAGCUGAACACUGUGUUGUGCCAGACCUUCGUGUUCUGUUAUUUGUGGUCUUUGGGUGGAAACUUAACUGAAAAUCACUGGGAUUCUUUUGAUACGUUUAUUAGAACACAAUUUGAUGAUAAUCCUGAUGCCAGGCUUCCCAGCUCUGGAGAUCUGUGGAGCAUUCAUGUAGACUUUGACACCAAACGCCUGGACCCCUGGGAACGAAUCAUACCCACCUUCAAGUACAGCAGGGAGGUCCCGUUCUUUGAGAUGCUUGUCCCAACAGCAGACACGGUGCGGUUCGGCUAUCUAAUGGAAAAGCUGCUGGCGGUCAGGCACUCAGUGUUGUUUACUGGAACAACUGGAGUUGGCAAGUCUGUUAUUGCAAAAGGAUUGCUGAAUAGGAUUCAAGAAUCGGCUGGCUAUGUCCCUGUUUAUCUAAAUUUCUCUGCCCAAACCUCAUCCGCAAGGACACAAGAGAUCAUUGAGUCAAAACUGGAACGAAAGAGAAAAAAUAUUUUAGGAGCACCAGGAAAUAAACAAGUGGUGAUUUUUGUUGAUGAUCUGAAUAUGCCCCGGCUGGACCGCUAUGGCUCCCAACCACCGAUUGAACUGCUUCGGCAGUAUCAAGACUUUGGUGGAUUCUAUGAUAGAAACAAACUCUUUUGGAAAGAAAUACAGGAUGUAACAAUUGUAUCAGCAUGCGCACCUCCAGGAGGGGGUCGCAAUCCUGUGACACCCCGCUUCAUCCGACACUUCAGCAUGCUGUGCCUCCCCAUGCCCUCGGAGCACAGUCUGAAGCAGAUUUUUCAGGCCAUCUUGAAUGGCUUCCUGGCUGAUUUUACAGAAGCAGUAAAGCAAACUUCAUCAAACAUUGUAGAGGCCGCAGUUGAGAUUUAUAACAGGAUGAGUGUCGAUCUCCUGCCAACCCCAGCCAAGUCCCAUUACGUCUUUAACCUGAGAGACUUAUCCAAGUGUGUGCAAGGUAUUCUCCAAUGUGACCCGGGAACAAUAAGAGAAGAAAUGCAGAUAUUUAGACUAUUUUGCCACGAAUGUCAGAGAGUGUUCCAUGACCGCCUGAUCAAUAACGAAGACAAGCACUACUUCCAUGUCAUUUUGACAGAAAUGGCCAACAAGCACUUUGGGAUUGCGAUUGACCUGGAAUACUUCCUAAGCAAGCCCAUCAUAUUUGGUGAUUUCAUUAAGUUUGGAGCAGAUAAGGCUGACCGCAUCUACGAUGAUUUACCUGACAUAGAGAAAAUCGAGAAUGUUCUUCAGGACUAUCUCGACGACUAUAACCUCACAAACCCCAAGGAAGUGAAGCUGGUGUUCUUCCAGGAUGCCAUAGAGCACGUGUCAAGAAUCGCACGGAUGAUCCGCCAGGAAAGGGGCAAUGCACUGCUGGUUGGUGUAGGAGGCACGGGAAAGCAGUCCCUCACGAGACUCGCCGCUCAUAUAUGUGGUUACAAGUGUUUGCAGAUCGAACUUAGCCGGGGGUAUAAUUAUGACAGUUUCCACGAAGACCUGAGGAAGUUGUACAAGAUGGCCGGUGUGGAAGACAAAAACAUGGUUUUCCUUUUCACAGACACCCAGAUCGUCGUUGAAGAGUUCCUUGAAGACAUAAACAACAUCCUCAAUUCGGGUGAAGUGCCCAAUUUAUUUGAGAAGGAUGAGCUGGAGCAGGUUUUAGCAGCCACCCGACCGAAAGCCAAGGAAGUUGGAAUCUCUGAGGGGAACAGAGAUGAGGUGUUUCAAUAUUUCAUCAGCAGAGUACGACAGAAGCUGCACAUAGUUCUGUGCAUGAGCCCGGUUGGCGAGGCCUUCAGGUCCCGAUGCCGGAUGUUUCCAUCCCUGGUGAACUGCUGCACCAUUGACUGGUUUGUCCAGUGGCCCAGAGAAGCGCUUCUGUCCGUAUCGAAGUCAUUUUUCUCAGUUGUCGACACUGGAAACGAAGAACUAAAAGAAAAACUUUCCCUCAUGUGUGUGAACGUGCACCUGAGUGUCUCCCACAUGGCAGAUCGCUACUACAGCGAGCUGCGCAGGCGCUACUACACCACGCCCACCUCCUACCUGGAGCUCAUCAAUCUCUACCUGACCAUGCUCACUGAGAAGAGGAAGCAGCUAGUUUCAGCACGAGAUCGUGUAAAGAAUGGUCUCACCAAGCUAUUAGAAACAAAUAUAUUAGUAGAUAAAAUGAAAUUAGACCUUUCGGCUUUAGAACCUGUGCUAUUCCAGAAAUCACAAGACGUCGAAGCCCUGAUGGAAAAACUAGUGGUGGACCAAGAAAGUGCUGAUCAGGUCCGUAAUGUUGUGCAAGAAGAUGAAGCAAUAGCAAAGGUGAAAGCUGAAGAGACUCAAGCGAUUGCUGAUGAUGCCCAGAGAGACCUGGAAGAGGCACUCCCUGCCCUUGAGGCUGCCAAUAAAGCACUGGAUUCCUUAGACAAAGCAGAUAUCUCUGAAAUCCGAGUCUUCACAAAGCCCCCUGACUUGGUCAUGACUGUGAUGGAAGCCAUCUCCAUCCUCUUAAAUGCCAAGCCGGACUGGCCAACAGCAAAGCAACUUCUUGGUGACUCUAACUUUCUAAGAAGGCUUUUAGAAUAUGAUAAGGAAAACAUAAAACCUCAGAUUCUGGCAAAGCUUCAAAGGUACAUCAACAACCCUGACUUCGUGCCUGAAAAGGUGGAAAAGGUGUCCAAGGCCUGUAAAUCCAUGUGCAUGUGGGUGAGAGCCAUGGAUCUGUACUCUCGGGUGGUCAAGGAAGUCGAACCAAAGAGACAGAAACUCCGUGCUGCCCAGGCUGAACUUGAUGCUACAAUAACUACUCUGAAAGAAAAGCAGAAAUUGCUGAAGCAAGUGGAAGAGCAAAUAAGGGCUUUGCAAGAGGAGUACGACAAAGGCGUGAAUGAGAAAGAAAGUCUGGCAAAAACCAUGGCCCUGACCAAAGCGCGCCUGGUACGGGCUGGAAAGCUGACGGCUGCAUUGGGAGAUGAGCAGGUCCGGUGGGAAGAAAGCAUUGAGAAAUUCCAGGAGGAGAUCGCAAACAUCGUUGGAAACGUGUUUAUAGCAGCCGCGUGCGUGGCUUAUUACGGGGCCUUCACAGCCCAGUAUAGGCAGUUGCUUAUAGAGUGCUGGAUUGACUCCUGCCUGGCCCUGGAUAUCCCCAUUGACCCCUCCUUCAGCCUCAUUAACACUCUUGGCGAUCCCUACGAAAUCCGGCAGUGGAACGCAGAUGGGCUGCCCAGAGACUUGAUAUCCACUGAAAAUGGCAUUUUGGUAACUCAGGGGAGAAGGUGGCCUUUGAUGAUUGAUCCCCAAGAUCAAGCCAAUCGCUGGAUAAGAAACAAAGAAAGCAAGAGUGGGUUAAAGGUCAUUAAGCUUACAGACACCAAUUUCUUACGAAUACUGGAAAAUUCCAUCCGACUGGGUUUACCUGUCUUACUGGAAGAGCUCAGGGAAGUCUUGGAUCCAGCCCUGGAGCCCAUCCUUCUAAAGCAGACUUUCAUAAGUGGCGGAAGACUGCUCAUCCGCCUCGGAGAUUCAGACAUCGAUUACGACAAGAGUUUCAGGUUCUACAUGACCACCAAAAUGCCGAAUCCCCACUACCUGCCUGAGGUGUGCAUUAAAGUCACCAUCAUCAACUUCACUGUAACUAAGUCGGGUCUGGAGGACCAGUUGCUAAGCGACGUAGUGCGACUUGAAAAACCUGAGUUGGAGGGACAGAGAGUUCAGCUCAUCGUGAGGAUCAAUAGUGAUAAAAACCAGCUGAAGUCCAUUGAAGACAAAAUCCUGAAACUGCUCUUUACAUCUGAAGGGAAUAUUCUGGAUAACGAAGAACUUAUUGAUACACUCCAGGACUCAAAGAUCACUUCGGGUGCCAUUAAAACCAGGCUGAAGGAAGCAGAGUCCACCGAGUUGAUGAUCAACAUAGCUCGAGAGAAGUACCGCCCGGUGGCCACACAGGGCUCCGUGAUGUACUUUGUGAUCGCCAGCCUCUCGGAAAUUGAUCCCAUGUAUCAGUAUUCACUGAAGUACUUUAAACAGUUGUUCAACACAACAAUCGAAACGUCUGAGAAGAGUGACAGCCUGCAGGAGCGCCUGGCAAUCCUCCUGCAGCAGACCCUCCUCACUGCGUACACCAAUGUUUCCCGGGGACUCUUCGAGCAGCACAAGCUCAUCUACAGCUUCAUGCUCUGCGUCGACAUCAUGCGCCAGCAAGAGCAGCUAACUGAGGCCGAGUGGAAUUUCUUCCUCCGAGGUUCUGCAGGGAUGGAGAAGGAGCGCCCUCCUAAGCCAGAAGCUCCCUGGCUGCCCAUUCAGAUGUGGUUCGCCUGCUGUGACCUAGAAGAAUGGUUUCCAAUUUUCGAAGGACUUACAAGACACAUACUGUUGCAUCCCAUCUCUAUAUCCUUAGGAUCUUUUGAGACCUACAUUAACCCACAGAGCUGGGAAGGAUACCCUAAGCAGAGACACGAAGAGGAAAGGGAACACGUUUGGGGCUCGAACUUCAGCUCUUUCCAUAAGUUAAUUCUUGUUAAAUGCUGUAAAGAAGAAAAGGUGGUUUUUGCUCUCACUGACUUUGUGAUAGAGAAUCUUGGCAAACAAUUUAUUGAGACACCUCCAGUGGACCUGGCCACUCUGUAUCAGGACAUGUCAAGCAGCACCCCACUGGUGUUUAUCUUGAGCACAGGCUCUGAUCCCAUGGGUGCCUUUCAGAGGUUUGCCAGGGAGAGCGGGUAUGCAGAACGAGUGCAGUCAAUUUCACUGGGACAAGGGCAGGGCCCCAUUGCUGAGAAGAUGAUCAAGGAUGCCACAAAAUCCGGAAACUGGGUAUUUCUGCAGAACUGCCAUCUUGCCGUUUCUUGGAUGCUGGCAAUGGAAGAGCUGAUCAAAACCUUCACAGACCCAAAUCAGUCAAUCAAGGACACUUUCCGGCUCUUUCUAAGCUCCAUGCCUUGUUCCACAUUUCCUGUGACAGUCCUUCAGAAUUCUGUCAAGGUAACCAAUGAGCCUCCAAAAGGCCUGCGUGCAAAUAUCAGGCGAGCCUUUACUGAAAUGACACCUUCGUUUUUUGAAGAAAAUAUACUUGGAAUGAAAUGGAGAAAACUAAUAUUCGGCAUUUGUUUCUUCCACGCAAUUAUUCAGGAGAGGAAGAAGUUUGGCCCCCUGGGCUGGAAUAUCUGCUAUGAGUUUAAUGACAGUGACAGAGAAUGCGCCUUACUGAACCUCAACCUCUACUGUCACGAAGGGAAGAUCCCCUGGGACGCGCUAAUUUACAUCACUGGUGAGAUCACCUAUGGCGGGAGAGUGACAGACACGUGGGAUCAGAGAUGCCUUCGAACUGUCCUGAAAAGAUUUUUCUCUCCCGAAACAUUGGAAGAUGAGUAUACGUACUCUGAAUCAGGCAUCUAUUUUGCCCCCUUGGCUGACAGCCUCCAAGAGUUUAAGGACUACAUUGAAGAUCUACCUUUGAUAGAUGAUCCAGAAAUCUUUGGAAUGCAUGAAAAUGCUAACCUAGUGUUUCAGUACAAAGAGACCAACACUCUAAUCACCACCAUCCUUGAGGUUCAGCCAAGAUCCUCCUCUGGCGGAGAGGGCAAAAGCAAUGAUGAAAUUGUCCAGGAGCUUGUUGCUUCAAUCCGGACCAGAGUUCCAGAAUCCCUGCAAAUGGAGGGCGCUUCCGAAACCCUUUUUGUCAAGGACCCGCAAGGACGCCUGAACUCUCUGACCACCGUCCUUGGCCAAGAAGUGGACCGGUUCAACAAUCUUCUGAAGUUAAUACACAUUUCUCUAGAAACACUCAACAAAGCCAUUGCAGGACUCGUGGUGAUGUCUGAAGAAAUGGAAAAAGUGUAUCAGAGUUUCCUCAACAACCAGGUUCCCUCUCUUUGGUCUAACACAGCCUACCCAUCCCUGAAGCCACUGGGAUCAUGGGUCAAAGACCUUAUUCUGAGGACUGCAUUCGUGGACCUGUGGCUCAAAAGAGGACAGCCCAAAUCCUUGAUCUCCGGGUUCUUCUUUCCUCAAGGAUUUCUCACAGGAACUCUCCAGAACCAUGCUCGAAAAUAUAAUUUGCCUAUAGACGAGCUGAGUUUCAAAUAUAACAUGAUCCCAGUCUACCGAGACCAAGCCUUGGUGAUAGAAGCAGCCAAGGACAUUCAGUUUGGAACAGAACUGCCCAUGGACAAGGAGUUGCCCACUCCAGAGGAUGGGGUUCUCGUUCACGGGAUGUUCAUGGAUGCUUCUCGGUGGGAUGACAAGGACAUGAUCAUAGAAGACGCAUUGCCAGGACAGAUGAACCCCAUGCUGCCUGUAGUCCACUUUGAACCGCAACAAAAUUAUGAGCCAAUCCAAACACUCUACCACUCCCCGCUCUACAAAACAGGAGCCCGGGCAGGAACGCUUUCAACCACAGGUCAUUCAACCAACUUCGUGGUGACUGUCCUCUUACCCUCCAAGAGGCCCAGUGAUUACUGGAUCGCCAAGGGGUCAGCAUUGCUCUGCCAGCUGAGUGAGUGACUAGGGGCCUCGAUGACCCAGAGACCUUCCCUGAUGAGGAGGACGUGACCUCUGACCCCGCUUAAAGAUAGCAGCUAUGACUGGUAUUUCUCCCAUAGCCUAAAAUAAAGCCAUUUUGAGUUAUUUCUGUUGGGAAUCCCA